AUGCAUUUCACACGCGCCUUCAAAUCAUCCCCGCAUUGUAUCGCGAGUCCCGACGGGACGCUUAUCGCGACGCUGCUCUCUUCCAAGAUUAAUGUCCGGUCGGUCCAGAGCCUCGAGACAAUCAACACCAUCACCCUUCCGUCCGACAUCGCAGGGCCCGUCGUUGCUUUCCAGUGGUCACCGUCAUCCACCAAGCUUCUGGUGGCUCUGGCUGAGCAGAUCCAUGUCUUCUCUGCCGUCCGGGAAGGGUUCCAUGCCACCCUGCGCGUCCCCGCGUCGGCCACAUCACGACCAACACUGAUUCAGUUCGGCGCCACUGACUCUGAGGUCUGCGUGUCCACCCAGUUUGGUCUCAAAUUCACCAUCUUCGAUCUGGCCGCUUCCAGAUCCAUCGAGAUCAACAACCCCAAGUUCCACCACGCCUCAUCCGCCCCACGAGGCUUCUCCUUCCAUCCCGUGACUUCGCAUUUUGCCUUGCUGACCAGGGUCGCCGGCAAGGAUGUCAUCAGCAUCCACAACCCUGUCUCCCGGGAAGUUGAGCGAUCAUGGAGCCCCGAAACCGUCGAUGCACAGAGCCUGCAGUGGUCGCCUGAUGGUCGGUGGCUUGUGCUCUGGGAGUCGCCCUCCCAACAGCACAAAGUCCUGUUCUACACGCCCGAUGGCCAUCUCUUCAAGGAAUGGUCUGGACCCUCGGGUUUCACCAGCGACGUCAAGGAUCACGAGCUUGGUGCAGGUGUCAAACUUUGCCACCUCAGCUCCGACGCCAGUCGGGCUGCCAUCUGCGACUAUACGCGCAACGUCUACAUCCUCAACCUCGCAGCCGUGACGGACGCCCUGAGACUUCAACACCCAACCCUCAUCGUGCCCAAGGACACUGUACAGGAACAAAUCACCUUUAGCGAGAUGGGUCUUCCCGCCCACUCCUUCGUCAGAGCCACGCAAACCGUAACCGCCCCCACUCGCGCAGUCAACAGCACCAGCGGCAGCAGCCAAGAGGCCAAGACUGGCUGUGCAGCCGUCUCUUUCGAUUCAUCCGCGGUUCUUGCUGCCACGAAGAUGGAAGACUCUCCCAGCACUCUCUGGAUCUGGGAUCUAUCCUCGUCAGAGCUGCGAGCCGUUCUCAUCUUCCACGGAGAUGUGUCGACCUUUUCCUGGCAUCCCAACAUCCGCGAGCUCCUCGUUGUGAGUUGCGAGGGGGAAGGCUAUGGUGGCUUACUCUUCACCUGGGAUCCGUUAUCGGAUGGUCCCCGGGCCGUGGACUUUGCAUCUCGACUUCCCUCCACCUCGAAGUCCGUUGGCAAGCCCCGGGUAGCAUGGGUCGCCUGGCCGGGCGAACCGCCAGUCGUACUCUGCAGCGACUCUACGCACACCGUGCUUGGCCAGUCUUGGGGACUCGGAUCAGCACCCAGCCCCGUGGCAAGACGCCCACGUCGGUGA